CUGUGGUUCAGGACUUCACAGCUCCACAACACCACACACACAUCUCUGCUCUAUAUGACAGUUUCCUCCAGGAUCACAGCAGGAAACAGAUUGUAUCACCUGCAGGGAUAUUUUUCCUCCAUUUUAUUGAAUUAUUUAUUGUUGCAUGAUUGUUUUUUGUUUAUUAAUCCCUCAUUUAAAAAAUAGCAGUGCAUUAAGCUGAGUAGGUGGUGGCUUUCACUGCCUCACAGAGCUGCAACACCUGGAAAAAACAUCAGUUUUAGUGUCUAAAAAUGUAGUUUCAAUGGCUUUUCUAACAGGACAAUAACAUACAGCAUACUAUAAUGCAUAACUACCAUACUUUUAUAUAAUAAAAGUAACACACUGGAGUUUAAGUAUUUAAAACACUUAAAUAGCUCAAGUAAAAUGCAUUUUAAAAAAAACUUCAGUUUUAAAAAGCUUUAAAAAUAGAUUUUAAUUUGGUCUGUAUUCAAGAGGUGUUGUAUGCCAUGUGUUAAGCAGGGUUCAACCACAUAGGUUAGCAUUUGAUCAAUGGCAUAAUGGAGGGACUACAACUCCCAGCAUGCCUGGCAACACUUAAGGAAGAGUUGGAGGAAGACGGAGGGAGGGGGCUGCUGCAAAACAGAGGGAUGAAAGAUGAGUGAAGCACCGAUCAGCUUCACUUCUACAGCUGCAGGUUUAAAAAGGAUACAGAUGAUCACAGGAACCGCCAUCGCAAUCCUCCCCACCUCUGUGUCCUUCUGCAUGAUCUUUUUGACACGACUCUGCGAGCAAAAGCAACAGAUUUCACUCCAGUAGACCACAGAAAAUUACAACAAAGUUAAGAUGCUGCAUUCAGGUGCUCCUUGUAAACUCCUGUUCCCUAGAUCUCAGGCGGCACAUCGAGUGGAGAAGAGGACACUUUCAACCAGGAUGUUUUUGGAGCAGAUUUUCUCCAGCGUGAUCUGCAUCCUCUGUUCCACUGCCCUGAUAUGAGUCCGUCUCCAGCCGUGCCCACCUCAGUUGAAUAUGUGAAAGCUGCAGACGUCAAAGUCAUCGCUGCACUGGGAGACUCUUUAACUACAGCUAUUGGUGCCAAUGGAUCAACAAUUUUGUCAGUACCUUUUGAAUUUCGUCAAGUGUCGUGGAGCAUCGGAGGUUAUGGGACUUAUCAAAAUGUCAUUACACUGGCAAAUAUUUUUAAACUCUUCAAUCCCAAACUGCUGGGUCCGUCCCCGGUGAUGACGUUCAACGGUCGGCCCACAACUGUCAACGAGACCGGCUUCAACUUCGCCGUCACCGGCCACAACACGCUGAACGUCUCAGAUCAGAUACGACACAUGAUAGAUACGUUCAAAUCUUAUCCAGGUCUGAACUUCCAGGAGGACUGGAAGGUGGUGACGAUGCUGAUCGGCAUGAACGACAUCUGUGAUUACUGUAAAAACAAGACUUUGUUUUCCCCCGACAGCUUCAUCCACUACAUGACAGAAGCUCUGGACCUGAUGAUGAAUGAGAUCCCCAGGACCAUCGUGAACGUGGUGCAGAUUCUUUCCAUGAAGCCUCUCAGAGAAGUUCAGAGGCCAACUCUGGGCUGUCAGCUCCAAAAGAGUUUCUGCUCUUGUCUCAUUCAACCUGAAGAAAACUCCCCCGAGCUGAAGGAGCUGGUUGAGACUAACUUUGAGUUCCAGAGAAGAUUAGAGAAGCUUCUAAACAGCGAUCGCUUCUUCAAAAAGGACUUUGCUGUUGUUCUGCAACCUUAUUUAAAGAACACACAACCAGCGAGACUUCCUGACGGGAAACUUGACAUGAGCUUCUUCACGGCAGAUUGUUUCCACUUCACUGUUAAGGGACACGAGAAACUGGCAAAGGGACUGUGGAACAACAUGUUCCAGCCUGAAGGAGGGAAAGAGAUGAUAAAGACAUUUGAUGAGCCGAUAAAUCUCAUCUGUCCACCGAAGGAGCAUCCGUACAUUUACACCAAACCCCGAGCUGCGUCGUCUGCAGCGGCACUGAAGCAUUUCUCCCUGAUGCUGAUGUCUCUGCUUUCUGUGUUUGUCCCGUUUCAUUUACUGUAAUUCGACUCAACAAAAGCUGAGU